GAUUGUGUAUGGCACUGCGGCACUACCUGGCCUGGAGCAGUCUCCUGUGGGGUGGGGGAGGGGGACCCUGGCUCUGCAUCUUGGCAGCAGCGUCUGCUCUGUGAAAAUAUUUGCUAAGGAAGUGCAGCUCCGCCCUGAAGAAACCGCACAGGGGAGAGCCGCUGGCCUUUGAGCAGCCAGGUGAAUGUUUGCAGAGCGCAGGUGAGGCUGCACUCGGCAGGGGGAUGAAAGUGCCAGAAGAUCUGCAGGGUGUCCGAGACCUGUGCAAGGCACUGCGGGCCCCCAGCCUGGCGCCCGCACUGCCGGCUGCCCCGGCCCCGCAGAGCCAGCCUGUGCGGGCUGCUGAGCCGGACCAGGAAGGCUGGGUGUGUCCAGGCACUGGAGGACUUGGGGGAACGGGAGCUGAGUGGUUCUCUUGGCAGCUAAGCAUGGCUGGCUGGAGGGGCCCGGCCACUCUCCUGGCCUUUCUCCUCCUGUGCCCGCUCCCCUCCCCCUGCUGCCCUGCCGUCUGCAGAUGCUCCUCUGGGGAAGUGGACUGCAGUUACCGAGCCUUGCGCAGUGUGCCCGAAAACCUGCCCACCAAUGCCAGUGCCCUGUGGCUGGGUUACAACCACAUCGCAGUCCUCGCGGCUCGCUCCUUCCGCUCGCAGCAGGCGCUGCAGAACCUCAGCCUGCGUAGCAACGUCCUGGUGAGCAUCCACAGCCAGGCCUUGGCAGGGCUCGGGGCGCUGCGGGAGCUGGACCUGAGCAACAACUACCUCACCGUGCUCCCGGCCGAGACUGUCCUGCCUCUCCCAGGCUUAGUGACUCUCAACGUGGGGGCCAACAAGCUUGGCCAGCUGCCCCCAGAGGUGCUGGAAGCACUGCCCUGCUUGCAGGAGCUCUUUCUGCACAGCAACGCCCUGAGGUCACUGCAUGCCGGCGUCUUUCUGAACCUGCCGGCCUUGCGCUCCCUGACGCUGCAGGGCAACCCGUGGGCGUGCACCUGUGAAAUCCAGCCCCUCUUCCUCUGGCUUAUGGGCAACGGGGACAAAAUCCAAGAGGAGAAUUUGAUCCUGUGCAGAUUCCCAGAGCACCUCAACCAGUAUCCCCUCCUGGCCAUUGGCAACGAGUCCUUCAGCCACUGCCAGGACAGCUUGCUGCACGCCCAGGACUACGCCUUCUUCCUGCUCAUUGGCCCGGCCUCUUUCGUGGCUAGCAUCCUCAUCUGCCUCCUACUCGGCUCCCUGGCCGUGGCCUAUAACCACCUCCUGAACGAACUUUGCUAUUGGUGAGGAGCCCACCCGAGUGGGAGUGCGGUGGUUGCAGUAGCUCUGGGUGGGCCAGCAAGGGGACGAGGUACUGUCUGUGUCCCAGGGCUGGCAAGCAUUGUCGUGGGUACUGGAAGAUAAUUGUGUUACCUUCCCCUGCUGCGGGGCCUUUCCUUCUCCCCCAGGGGACCAUGAGCCCCACUCAUGUUCCUUGGAGCUGCAGCAACGACCCAAGGGGGAAAUCCCCAAAGUUUCAGCAAGACUUCCCUGAACAUCCAUCUGCACUGGCUGGCGAGCGCUGGCUCCACCCCCGAGCCCUCCAGCUCUUUCCAAGAGCCUGCCAGCGAGGUGCCAAUUGUUCUGAGAUGGAGUGAGAGCCAAUAGGACUGGGCUGAGACCCCCCCCCAUCAUCUUCCACACCUGCCCCUGACCAGCAGCAGAUGGGAACUGCUCCCACCUGGCCUGGUUCAUGCCAGCACCUCAGAGGUGAAAGACCCCCCUCUGCUUCCUAAUCUGCCUCAAAGGCACCGAGAGGGACAGCCCUCCAUUACCAGGGCUUCAGCGUUAGCCGAAGGGUGUAACCUUCUGGCCUGUCCAGCCCAGUACCCCAAUAUGAACGUGACAGCCGGGGCUGAGUGCGGUUCCUGCACCCAUCCACAGGGCUAACACCGGGAUGGCACGCUAGGAAACCUGGCGCCUGCUGCAGUAGGGUGAGCGGAGAAUUGCCUUUAGGUUUGCAAUGUUCUCAGCCUUUGCAGUGCCUCCUUGCUGCACUGGUGGUUGGGUAGCUUCUUCAGUAGCAGUCACAGCGUGCUCAGGGGAACGGUCAGGGUGUGAAUGCUGCUACUACCCUGGAGAAAUAGGAGCCGUUUGCUCUGGUUCCUCCUGUGUUUAGACCAGAGCGUGGGCAAAUCAAACCAGAGGCGCGCACCUUUCCACCCAGGGAUGUUCAGGAUGAGAGGGUCAGAGCUGGAGCUGGGCAAAUACUGAACAAUGCUCUGGACCUACCUACGUGAAUGUCAAGACUAGCUGGCUCUGGCUGUGUUCACCCCCUGUUUGCAUUCGUGUCCCACUGAUGUUCUAGCAAACAUGUCCCCGGACAGGAGAGCUCACAGGAAUGGUAAAUUUUAGAGAAUAUUUGUGGCAAGUGAAUUUUGAACUUGUAACCGUGAGUGUGUGCUCUGGAAACCUGAACUGGGACCAGGCUCAACAAUGGGGAACAGAACUAUUCCUUGUGCCCUCUGUGUUGAGAGCUCAGAUUUCAGAUCUGGCAAUGAGCGCUCGCUGUGACCUACAGGCAGAGAUUGGCCGUGGAGAAAGCUGCACUGCAUUCUGGGAACUGCAUUCUGGCUCCAGAGGGAACAGAGGAAGCAUCACCAAAUCUAUUACUCCUGGCUCCAGCUCUUCCUGCACGGCCAGUGCUCCCAGAGCCAAAGCUAACCCCAGAGUCCAGGUUACCCACCCUACCAGUGGGGAAUGACAGUAGACAGGUUGUUGGGCCUGAGAGCCACUCAGCAGCA